CCCUCCGCCCCACAGAUAUCCGUUAAUGCAGAUGCAGUUGACAAGUGUUGGCUGGAUGUGUGUGAGGCUCGUCUCUUCCUGUCAAGUUCUCCAUCGGAUACUAUUCGUUCGUUGGCCGAAAUGACCACGGCCUUGCUGAAAACAUUCAAUGUGGUGGAUCGUGUUGGAAUUGCUAGAAGACUACUUGAUGAGUUCGACACAAACCAUGCUCUGAAACAAAUCAUUUAUGAUGCGGAAUACGUGGUUAAGUAUCCUGUGAAAGAUGUAUUUUUGGGUUAUCUGGGCCUCGCAGUAAACAUUAAAGAUUCCAUUCGGUUGUUACGUUGUCUCAAUCGACCCAAAAGAGGCCUAGAUUCGGCUUCGUUCGCGGCGUUGCGACAUGUAGCUGAGAAGGAUAAUAUAUCUGCCGGCCAGGCUGCCAUCUCCUUUGUUGGACGUCGGCAACUGGGCGCAUCGUUUUACGCGCCAACUGCCUCACAUCCUUUAUAUCCUUGGAGUUCCGGACUGGAGCAUCUAGUUGAGUGCUUAAAUAAGUGUCAAGACGCUCUAGCUGGUGAUUCAGAUGACCUUGUGUUGACCGUAGUCGCCCAGGAUGACCAAAUGGGUUUGAAUGAUGCACGCAAAGCGGUGGAUUCUUGUCUGCUCGCAGUCGGUCGGUUUCUGAGGAAGCCUCACCGGAAUGCAUUAAAUUCGCAUGAAGAAUCUGCGGACGAUCCGCAUUUCUCUGAGGCUAAUAUCAAACAGGCCUUGGGCAGCCUUCGUUCACGGUUGACACAACUGACGUCUUGUGAUUGUGCCACAUCCAUAUGUGGCGAAACACCCGGUCGUCCCCUCACCAGUGGGGGAAGUUUACUCGGUAGAGCAGCCAGAAAACUAGCUCGCUUGCUUCUGGUUGUUGAAGCAGACGCUUCAGUCGUCCCAAUUCCAUCAGUUUCGCACGAACAGCCCACCACUCCAUCAGCCUUGCUUCCUAAAACGCCAAGUCGUGUUCCUCCAGUGGUAACUCCUCUAACAGUUGGUCACGACGAACAGGUGGUACGUAUGUUUGAUUCACCCUGCGCGCCAGUGAAUCAUACACCGACGAACCGGUGUCUCGAGGAAGAAAACAUGGCUCCUUUUGCAAUUUCGGCUGAUUUGGAUGAAGCAAUAUCCAUGCCAGAGCGUCCGGUUUUCUCGCGCUAUCAGACCAAUUUGGACUGGGCAGACUGCAACUGCUCUCCGCCUCCGAUCAAGCGAGUGGGCACUCGAAAAGCCGGUCCGAAUAUUGAUGAGAUUUAUGCUUGUUCCAUGCCGUCAUGGACGACUGAAGGGAAUCUGUGUCGGGCCGAAGCAGAAAGUGACCUCUAUUCUCCGUAA